AUGUCCGCCAAACAGACCCCAUCGGAGUACGUCACUCUUGCUUCCAAAGAUGGCUUCGAAUUCAUAAUCCCCCGGACCGCCGCCUGCGUGUCUGGCACCAUUCGGCGAAUGCUAGAUCCAGCAAGCAACUUUUCUGAAGCCGCCACUGGCCGCUGUGUUUUCGAGAACAUGAAUGGAGUCGUGCUUGAGAAAGUGUGUGAAUAUCUCCUUUACAAUGAACGGAAUAAGGGCCAGAGCAACGUACCAGAUAUGGAGUUCCCACUCGAGCUGUGUCUGGAGUUAUUAAUUGCAGCCGAUUAUUUAGACACAUGA